AUGGAAAGCGACGAAAUUGGUAACGAUCUGAGGUUGGAUAACGCUUACAUUGUAGACGAUGAAAAUAACAUACGCUGUGAAUAUGUCGUAAAUUCAGAUGAUGUUUUGGACGAAGAGAAUAAUUCAGAUUCAGGUGGAAAACUUGCACCACUAAGAGAACAAGACAGAUUUCUACCUAUAGCGAAUAUAGCAAAAAUUAUGAAGAGAGCCAUUCCGGAUAAUGGAAAGAUAGCUAAAGAUGCAAGAGAAUGUGUGCAAGAAUGUAUAUCAGAAUUUAUAUCAUUUGUCACUAGUGAAGCAAGUGACAGGUGCCAGGUGGAAAAGAGAAAAACAAUCAAUGGUGAAGAUGUAUUAUUUGCUAUGAACGUGUUAGGCUUUGACAACUAUGUGGAACCUUUGAGACUGUACCUUAAAAAGUACAGAGAAAUUGUUCUAUCGCCAGUGACAAUGAAUAAGUUGAACAAAACUAUAGUUCUUUAUGGAGAAGACGGCUCAUCAUGUGUUCCAACUGAAAAUGACACAGAAACACAGACUGAAUCCGCAGUGCUUUACGCAUACCCCAAAGUUAUUGAGGAUAUAACAUUUGCGUGA